AUGACAAAAACUGGUGGCAUACAAAUACUUGCAGGUUUGCCAGAACCAAACAGAGACAGUAUAUUCCAAGGACUGACAAUGGAUCAAGGAUUCUACACAUCUAAAGACUUCCUACCUUUGGUAGCAAUGGCAAGUAAACCAGGGAUGUGUGCCUGUCACACUCCAUUGCCAUCAGUACAUGGAACUGUGAUUGUACUUGGGGCAGGAGACACUGCUUUUGACUGUGCGACAUCUGCUAUACGCUGUGGAGCUCGUCGUGUGUUUGUGGUCUUCAGGAAGGGAUUCACUAACAUCAGGGCUGUCCCAGAAGAGAUGGAACUUGCAAAAGAAGAGAAGUGUGAAUUUCUGCCGUUCCUCUCCCCUCGGAAAGUUGUACUUAGAGGUGGACAAAUUGUUGCUAUGGAGUUUGUUCGAACUGAACAGGACAGUGAUGGAAACUGGAAAGAUGAUGAGGAUCAGGUUGUCCGUCUGAAAGCUGAUGUGGUGAUCAGUGCCUUUGGCUCCAUUUUAAGCGACAAUAAAGUCAGAGAGGCCAUGGCACCUAUCAAGUUUAACAGAUGGGGUCUUCCUGAAGUAGAUCUGGAGACUAUGCAAACAAGUGAACCCUGGGUUUUUGCAGGCGGUGACUUUGGUGGUCUUGCUAACACUACAGUGGAAUCAGUAAAUGAUGGAAAACAAGCUUCCUGGUACAUGCACAGAUACAUACAGUCCAUACAUGGUGUUGCAGUUUCUAGUGUUCCAGAACUACCACUCUUCUAUACUCCUGUCGAUGUAGUAGACAUCAGUGUAGAAAUGGCUGGACUGAAGUUUCCAAAUCCUUUUGGCCUAGCCAGUGCAACUCCUACUACUAGUUCUUCAAUGAUUCGAAGAGCUUUUGAAGCUGGAUGGGGCUUUGCUGUCACUAAAACGUUUUCCUUGGAUAAGGAUAUUGUGACCAAUGUUUCUCCAAGAAUUGUGCGUGGAAUUACCUCAGGUCCUCUGUAUGGCCCAGGUCAAGGCUCUUUUCUAAACAUUGAACUGAUCAGUGAGAAAACAGCAGCAUAUUGGUGUAAAAGUAUUGCUGAGCUGAAGGCUGACUUUCCAAAGCAUAUUCUGAUUGCCAGUAUCAUGUGCAGCUAUAGCCGGGAGGACUGGACUGAACUUUCAAAAAUGGCCGAGGUUGCUGGUGCAGAUGCUCUGGAGUUAAAUUUAUCAUGUCCUCAUGGUAUGGGGGAGAGAGGCAUGGGCCUGGCCUGUGGGCAGGAUCCAGAGCUGGUACGGAACAUCUGUCGCUGGGUUAGACAAGCUGUUCAGAUUCCUUUCUUUGCCAAGCUGACCCCAAAUGUCACUGAUAUUGUGAAUAUUGCGAUGGCUGCACAGGAAGGUGGCGCAGAUGGUGUUACAGCCACCAACACUGUGUCAGGACUGAUGGGACUGAAAGCAGACAGCACACCUUGGCCAGCAGUUGGUAGAGAACUGAGGACCACAUAUGGUGGGAUGUCAGGAAAUGCUAUCAGGCCCAUUGCCCUACGGGCAGUGUCUGCCAUAGCCCGUGCUCUCCCAGGAUUUCCCAUCUUGGCAACUGGAGGCAUUGAUUCUGCUGAAAGUGGGCUCCAGUUUCUGCACAGUGGGGCUUCAGUUUUACAGGUGUGCAGUGCAAUCCAGAAUCAAGAUUUCACUGUUAUUGAUGACUACUGCACAGGACUGCGAGCUCUUCUUUACCUGCAAAGCAUUGAGGAACUUGAAGACUGGAAUGGACAGAGUCCUGCAACCAUGCGCCAUCAGAAAGGAAAACCAGUACCUAAAAUUGCUGAUCUGAUGGGAAAG